UGCUAUCCAUAAAAGUUAUGUCAUUAAUGCUUGUGGCCGUUUGAGUUUUUCAUCUUCAGCAGAGCCUUCAAUGGCCGCAACAGUUCUUGAGAUGCGCUCUUUAUUGUGCAGCGGCUAACUUCCACCAAAAUCCUAAGCACGAAUCUACCCAACGCUCUGAAAGUGAAGAAACAACACUAUUCUCAGAUUCGGCCAUUUCUUCUUCAAUCUUCCAGCAUUUCAAUGAAAACAACGUGUGGAGAUUUCGAGAAGAUUGAACUUAUAAAGAAAGAAGGUAGAAUUUCAAUUCUCUUCCAAGAUUAGGGUUUCCAGAGCAUCGAUCCAUUGCUGGAAUUUCUGCUCUGCGGCUCGCGAUUGAGGUUUUUUUCUCCUGUUUCUUCGAUUGCGUGUUCUUAGUGAUUGAGUUUUCAACUGAUCGAACUUUGGAUUCAUUGUGUAGAUUAUGAACUGAAUUGAGUUAGAAGUAAGAAUGACCAUUAACUGCCUGAAUGCAUGAACAGAAAUUGCUGAUUCUUGGUCUACUUAUGACUCUGUUCUUGUUCAUGUUGGGUCAAAUUUUCUACUGAAUGUAAAGCUUUUGGUGAUUCGAAAGUUCACUUGAGGCAUGAUUGAGUUUUCGACUGAUCGAACUUCGGAUUCAUUGUGUAGAUUAUGAACUGAAUUGAGUUAGAAGUAAGAAUGACCAUUAACUGCCUGAAUGCAUGAACAGAAAUUGCUGAUUCUUGGUCUACUUAUGACUCUGUUCUUGUUCAUGUUGGGUCAAAUUUUCUACUGAAUGUAAAGCUUUUGGUGAUUCGAAAGUUCACUUGAGGCAUGAUUGAGUUUUCGACUGAUCGAACUUCGGAUUCAUUGUGUAGAUUAUGAACUGAAUUGAGUUAGAAGAUGACUUAUGGCUCCUUCUGGUGAAGAUGAGCUUGAGUGGAUUGAGAAAGUGAGAUCAGGAGGGAAUGUUCCACUUUAUGGUGCAAAUGGUAAGUAUUCAAAUUGUUGGGAUUCUCCUCAUGGAGACAAGUUCCUGGUGCGAGGACCCGAGUAUUUCUCAACGAAGGCAAAAGUUCCUGCUGGCGAAUCGAUUCUAAAACCGCUCGGUUUCGACUGGAUAAGAAGCUCUGCAAAGAUCGGAGAGAUCUUGAACCAUCCAAACAACCGUAUUCAGAAGGCGAUUAACGAUUCAUUUCCUACAGGUCCUAGACCUUUCAUCUGGGCAUUUAAUCUCCAACUUCCAAACAAACAGAACUACAAUCUUGUUUCUUAUUUCGUAUCGACAGAGCCGAUUGUCAAAGGCUCAUUAAUCGACCAGUUCCUGAAAGGCGACGACCACUUCAGAAACUCGAGGCUUAAACUGAUUGCUGAUAUUGUCAAAGGCCCUUGGAUUGUCAAAAAGGCUAUUGGGAACCAAGCAGUCUGCGUGGUUGGGCGAGUUCUUUCAUGUAAAUACAUCGUAAGGGACAACUUUUUCGAAGUCGACAUCGACGUGGGAUCGAAUAUCAUGGCAAGGGCCAUGUUUCAUCUGGCGUUUGAUUACUUCACAGCCUUGACAGCUGAUAUAGCCUUUUUCAUUGAAGGGAAAACAAAAUGUGAGCUUCCUGAAAGGCUUUUGGGGUGUUUUAGGUUCUCUGAUCUGAACCCAGCUUCAGCCAUGCCAAUGGAGAGUGAUGCUGGCUGAGGAAAUCAAUUCGCUAAGGUAUUUCUAACACUCCCUCCAUUAUUAAAGCAAUUGAAUGUACAAUAAACAUUGCCCUGCAACCUGCAAGAUUGAAAGGAAAAUGGGGCUUAAUUGUAUCAUUUAAUACUUAAUGUUCUGCUUCUUAAA